AUGGCCAAAUCAACUAUAAUAUUAUCAAUAAUAACUGUACUUCAGUUUGUGUCUAUGGCCUUUUUAAUUAUAUGUUGUGUCACAGCCCCAGUAUUCGAACAAAUAGGACUUUCAAAAUAUAAUAGUAUUACCUAUGGAGUCUUUGGUUAUUGUGAUAGCAGUGGUUGUUCUAAAGCAUCCGCCUUGUACAAUCCAUCUCAAUUCCAAGAAAACAAUGAUAAUUGGAAAAUAAAUAACCAUGCUAGAGGUACCCUGGGGAAAAUUCUUAUCGUGACACCUAUAGCAGCUGGACUAAAUUUUUUCUCAUUUCUAUCCUCUUUCAUUAGUACAAUUAUUGUCACAUUACAGAAUAACAGCACAUUUUCAGCUAUUUUAUUCUUUAUCAAUCUCCUUUUUACUGUAUUUGGUUUUUUAUCUGCCUCUUUGAUAUGUAUUGUCGUAUCCUUAUUGUUUUAUCCAAAUAUGACAUGGUGUUCAUGGCUUUUAAUCCCGGCUGCAGCUUUACCAUUAGUUAAUAUUCCUAUUAUUUUCAUGGGUCAUUUCAACAGCCACAAUAACGACGAAAAUGAUCUUGACUAUACAAGUGAUGGAGACCAUUUGCUAAGUACAGAAUUUGAAACUGAUGGUACUAAUAUAAGUCAUUACACUGAAAAAAAAUUGGCACCAACUGUAUUACCCACAUUCGAAUCGCAAAACAAUAAUGAUAAUACCCUUACUGACCUAUACCAGAAAGAUACUUUAAUAACUAAUUCAACUACUGACAUUUCUUCUAGUCAUUAUUUAGAAAAAAAGGAAGAUUAUCACACUGGUACUUUAGAAAGAAAUUCAACUUCAGGUUUCUCUAGUGAAACUGAUUCUAAUUCUAUUAACAAAAUUGAGGACAAUAAAGAAGAAGAAACAAACACAAAUGAACAAAUAGAAGAUGAUAUUGAUGCAAAGAGAGAUUCAUUCGUUGCAUUUUCUGUUAUUGAUAACGAUGCUGCUUUAAAUAGAGCAAAUUCUCCUUCUAUAGCUUCUUCAAACUAUUCAAAUAAAUAUUUACACAAAAAUGCUUUACCAACCAACAAAUUAUUGCAGGAUAUAUAUAAUCCACCAUCUUCGAACCACAAUACUUUACAAAACGUUCAACAAAGAGAUGAUAGUGUAGAUAAUAUAUCUGAUUUUACAUCUAUCUCUCAAAGACCAAGUAAUACAAACUAUUCUACUCCUAUCAAGAACAAUUAUAAUUCCAACGUUAAUAACUCUAACAUGACACAAACUUUACCCUAUCCACAGUCUCCAGGUGUUACAUCUUUUAAUUAUGUUCAGCCAUCACAACAGUUUCCAUAUCAACAAACGCAAAAACAGUUCAAUAUCCCACUGCAAAAUAACCAACAACCAAUAAAUCAAUACUUUCAGCCAAUGGUUCCUCAACAAAGAUUCCCUCAAUAUCAACAACAUUACACCUCUAGUGGAUCAAAUUCAUCUGAAUUGUUACUGCAGAACAACCCAAAUUUUAUACCACAAACAAGAAGCUUAGGGGCAAAAAAGAGAUUUUACAGUAACCCAACUAUGCAAAAUACAAACAUGAAUAUCUAUAGAGGCCCAAACCAUUUCCAGAAUGCAUAUAAAAAGAGAAUGGCCGAAAAAAAUAACAUUUAUAAUAACCUACAUCCUCCAUUAAAUAAUCCCUAUCAGUUUAGAUAA